CUUGUCGCAAGCAGAUUCUCGCUGUCAACUGCACCUGCAACCAUGGCCGACGCUCCCGUUACCCUGCGGACUCGCAAGUUCAUCCGCAACCCCCUGCUUGCUCGUAAGCAGAUGGUCGUGGAUGUCCUCCACCCCAACCGCGCCAACGUCUCCAAGGACGAGCUCCGCGACAAGCUCGCCGACCUGUACAAGUCCAACAAGGAACAGGUCUCCGUCUUCGGUUUCCGUACCCAGUACGGUGGUGGCAAGAGCACCGGCUUCGCUCUCAUCUACGACUCCCAGGAGGCCCUGAAGAAGUUCGAGCCUCACUACCGUCUGGUCCGCAUCGGUGUUGCCAGCAAGAUCGAGAAGGCCAGCAGACAGCAGCGCAAGCAACGGAAGAACCGCUCCAAGAAGUUCCGCGGUAUCGCCAAGGUCAAGGGCCCCAAGAAGAACAAGGACUAAGCGGAUCGUUUCGAUGGAUUUCCGUGCGGUUGAAGAGGGGGGUCGUUGCUGGAUUCGAAUUCACUUUCGGAUCAUCGGAUACCUUACUACUCGGACGACGAAGACGGACGCCGCGGCCCGGGGCUGAAGACGAUCAAGAAAAGGAUGAAUUCCCUGCUGGAUAUGAGGAACGGGGGUGUGAG